AUGAAGAGACACCUGAGAUCCGGGUUGCCUAUUUACCAUCAAGAAGUUCAGCAAGAAGCUGUAGCUUUUCACCUAUUGAAACAGCAGCAGCAGCAACAGCACCUCCACCAAAAGCACCAAGAUCAUUCUUCUUCUGGUUCAUUCUCAGCGCUACUCUCCUCUUCUCAACCUCUUGAGCUCAACUACAAUCCCUCUCUUUCCCUCUUUGAGGGGAUGAAUUUCUCUUCGGCUGCAAACCAUCUUCCUAACCAGGCAUCUUAUGACUCCUACUCCAAACCUAGCAACCAAUUCAGGUUUUUCAGUGAAAACAAUAAUAUUUCAGGCUAUACUUUGCCACUAUCCCCCAUUUCUCCUUUUGAAUCAUCACCGUCCACUGUGUUUAACCAGAAUAUUGCAUCCAAACCCAUUUCAUCUCCAUUAAUUGAAUUCAGUUCAGAGAGUCUUAAUAGGAAUUACAAUGUUGGGGGCAUGGCUGCAAGAGCUCCAUAUGAGCCAUUCGGUGUAUCUCAAGAACUAGAAACAGAGCCCCUUUCAAACCAAACACCACCGCAGUCAACAACUCAUGCUUCAUCCACAGCCAGUGGCGAUGAGAACUUUAUGAGAGCUCCAAGCAAUGCUAAUGACUGUGAACUAGAGACGCCAUUGUUGCAAGAUGAUAGUGGAUUAUUGAAUGCUCUUUUAGUGGGAUCUCAAACUCUUUCUGAGAAGCCCAAGGGAAAAGCAUUAUCGGCAGCCUCUUCCGAUAGAAGGAAAAGCGUGGUGGUGGAUGCACUCAGUAAGGAGGAAGACACAAUGCAUAUGGAAUCGACUAUGAAGAUUAGUGGUGAGACGAGCGCUGAGAACUAG